GAAUCUCUCCCUCAAAUUCCCAGUCCUUCUCUUGGCUCUUGCCGUUCCCGGAUCCGGCGGAGCAUUCCAAGAUUCGAAGUCAAAGCGAGGAUUGAGAAUUCUUAAAAAAAAGAAAGAUUCUGUUGAUACAAUGGGAAAUUCGAAUUUGGAAGUCUAGCUCGUCACUCCACAGAAAUUUCCCCGGACAAUGAAGCUCGGAAUCGCCGGUCCCGUGAUCCGGCGGUUCUGACAUUGAUCAUGACCGAUCAGGUCACUUAACUAAGAUUGAUCUUCGCGGAAGCGGAGAUUUGAUCUUAAGCUUCAGUUUCAUGACAUAUUCCGUUGGAGUUUUCUCGUUUUGCAAUAUCAGAUAGAUAUUAGUUGGAAUUUUGGCUUGUUUUCGGGACUAAUUUUUGUUGCAAAAGUGCGAGUUUCAUCUUCAUCUUUGGUUGGAAGGAUGUCGACGAAAGUCGUGUAUGAAGGCUGGAUGGUGCGGUAUGGCCGAAGAAAGAUCGGCCGAUCGUUCAUCCACAUGAGGUACUUCGUGCUUGAGUCCCGUCUUCUCGCGUACUACAAGAGAAAACCACAGGAUAAUCGGGUUCCAAUCAAAACGCUGUUGAUUGAUGGGAACUGUCGAGUGGAGGAUAGAGGCUUGAAGACCCAUCAUGGACAUAUGGUUUAUGUUUUGUCUGUUUACAACAAGAAAGACAAGUACCAUCGAAUGACAAUGGCAGCAUUUAACAUUCAAGAGGCGCUAAUCUGGAAGGAAAAAAUUGAGUACGUAAUUGAUCAGCAUCAGGGAGCACAACUUGCAAAUGGCAACAAAUACGUGUCUUUUGAGUACAAAUCUGGGAUGGAUGAUGGGAACACAACUUCUUUCUCAGACCAUGAAAGCCCUGUUCAGGAGGAUGAUCUAGUGGCACAUCCCGAUUUGUUAAGGAGGACAACAAUUGGAAAUGGACCUCCAGAAUCAGUUUUUGACUGGACAAGGGAAAUAUACUCUGAUUUGUCAGAUCAAAACAGCAAUAACCAAGCAUUUUCAAGAAGACAUUGGCGUCUUUUACAAUGCCAAAAUGGACUUCGUAUAUUUGAAGAACUACUUGAAGUUGAUUACCUUCCCAGGAGCUAUAGUAGAGCAAUGAAGGCAGUCGGAGUUGUGGAGGCCACAUGUGAAGAAAUUUUUGAGCUUGUGAUGAGCAUGGAUGGAUCACGAUUUGAGUGGGAUUCCAGUUUUCAAGAUGGUAGCUUAGUCGAGGAGGUGGAUGGGCACACGGCAGUUCUUUAUCAUAGACUUCAGCUGGAUUGGUUUCCAAUGUUUGUAUGGCCCCGUGAUCUUUGCUAUGUACGCUAUUGGCGCCGAAAUGAUGAUGGAAGUUAUGUUGUCUUAUUUCGUUCUAGGGAGCAUGUGAACUGUGGUCCACAACCGGGAUACGUCCGAGCCCAUAUUGAGAGUGGAGGAUUUAAUAUUUCCCCUUUAAAAUCUCGAAAUGGGAGGCCAAGGACUCAAGUUCAGCAUCUUAUGCAGAUUGAUCUUAAGGGAUGGGGUGUGGGUUACAUGUCAUCUUUUCAGCAACAUUGUCUCCUUCAGAUGUUAAAUAGUGUUGCUGGUUUACGUGAGUGGUUUUCCCAAACAGAUGAAAGGAACGCUCCUUCACGAAUCCCUGUUAUGGUUAAUAUGUCCUCAACAUCCAUUUCCUCAAAGAACACUCCCAAGGCCCAUGAUUCUCAUCCAACCUCCGUGGAUCAAAUGAAUGUUGCUAGUAGGAAUUCUGUCAUGUUGGAUGAAUACUCUGAUGAAGAUGAAGAUUUUCAAAUAGCAGAAUCUGAACAAGAGGCCUAUGCAAGUGGGAUUGAGAAUGAUGUCAAAAAAACAGCUGCUGUGGAAGAAGAACCAGCAAUUGAAAUUGACUUGUCUUGCUUUUUGGGUAAUUUACGUCGUGAUGAUCGUGAUAAUGCGCGCGAUUGCUGGAAAAUUUCGGAUGGAAAUAACUUCAGAGUCCGAAGCAAGCAAUUCUGUUUUGACAAGUCCAAGAUUCCUGCAGGUAAGCACCUCAUGGAUCUUGUCGCUGUCGAUUGGUUCAAGGACACAAAAAGAAUGGAUCAUGUGGCUAAGCGCCAGGGAUGUGCAGCACAGGUUGCAUCGGAAAAAGGAUUGUUCUCGAUUAUUAUUAAUCUUCAAGUGCCUGGAUCAACACACUAUAGUAUGGUAUUCUAUUUUGUGACAAAGGCGUUGGUUCCUGGAUCUCUCUUGCAGCGCUUUGUUGAUGGUGAUGACGAGUUCCGUAAUAGCAGAUUGAAGCUCAUUCCAUCAGUGCCAAAGGGCUCAUGGAUUGUGCGCCAAAGUGUCGGGAGCACUCCUUGUUUACUGGGAAAGGCUGUUGAUUGCAACUAUAUUCGUGGUCCUAAAUAUUUAGAAGUUGAUGUUGAUAUUGGGUCUUCUACCGUUGCCAAUGGAGUUUUGGGGCUCGUUGUUGGUGUAAUUACUACAUUGGUGGUUGAUAUGGCUUUUCUUGUACAGGCAAAUACUACUGAUGAAUUGCCAGAGCGGCUUAUUGGGGCUGUUCGCAUUUCCCAUUUGGAGCUCUCAUCUGCCAUAGUCCCUAAACUGGAUUCAGAUCCAUCAUGAUUGACCAACAUGAAGUUUCCAUUGUUCUUUUGCACAAGAUCAUUUGUUUCCAAUAUCAAAUUGUACCAUUUCUAUUCAAUUGUUUUCUGGAAUUUAGGUAGGUUCACUGGAAUCUAAUUGGGUUUUACCUUGAAACGAUAAAAGGAAAAGAAUCUCUCUUUCAGUUCGUUUUAAAUUAUUGAUGGUUUGUAGUGUAUUGAUUUUCAAUUCAAAGAUAAGAGAUGGAUAAUUUAAUUUGUAAA